AUGGCCCCCACGCGCGAACGAGACCGAGACGAGACUGGCCCGCCGGGCGCCGGUACACUGUUCGUCUAUGGCACCGCGCCAGUGGUAGACGACACACGAUGGGACGCACUGGUGAGUGACAUUGCGAUAAGUGUUGCGUCGGCAGCAGGAGCAAGCGACGCGUCGAGCUCUCGUCGCUCUCUCACGCAUGGUGGUUUGCCAAUGUUGCCCCUCCACCAGGGCGCACCGGAUCAUAGUAGUGUAUGCCCACAGGCCAACAGGCUGACCCCCCAGCAGACGGCCUGUACCACCCAGCCCACCAACGCACCCUCGCCCGACAGCCUGCUUGCACGCGGUAUCGCCGACUAUACGUACACGCGCAAGGCCGACGGCGGCAUCCUGGGGCGAGGCAAGUUUAGCACAGUGUACCGGGUCACGUCGGGCCAGCGCGAGUUUGCACUCAAGCACACCCCGCUGUACCCACACCACCCACUGAUCGCGGCCCGUCUCUUACGUGAACCUACCCUGCUCGCCCACCUCGCGCCGCACCCAUGCCUGAUAGGCGUCGACGGGUUCGUGAGGACAGAAGGCCACUUCUAUCUCGUCGAGGAGUGCGCGGCCACAAGUGUGCCCCUGCCAAAGCACCCGGGACCCGUGGUUCCCAGCCGCGCGGCGGCGAUUCUAGACCAGCUCGUAUCGGUCGUCCGCGACGGGCUGCAUGCCGGCCGCGUCUGCCACCGCGACCUCAAAGGCGAUAAUGUCCUUGUCGAUGUGGCCACGGGCGAUGUCUUGCUACUGGAUCUCGGACUGGCAACGCACUUCUCAGCCAGCGAGCCAAAGCUCACCACCUGCUGCGGGUCUCCCGCAUUCCAUAGCCCCGAGAUUGUCAACGCGCUCAACCACCGUCCAGGCGAGGUAACAUACUAUGGCCCCGAAGUGGAUAUCUGGUGCAUCGCACUCACCAUGCUUGCGCUUCUCUUGCAGGUCCGUUUCCCACUCGGCCCAACACAUACCUCACGACACAUCAUGGCCGACCGCGCCGCCGACAGGCUGCAAGAGCUCGACGAGUUGUAUCCCCCAGACGCCCCUUGGCGCGCGCUCGGACCACACGCCGGCCGAGCGUUGAGCGCGGACGAACAGACGGCCGAGAGACAUGCUUGGGCGCGAGUUCGCCGUGCGCUUAAGAUGUUCGUCGACAUUGAUGCUAAGCGACGCAUCGCGGCGUUCAAGGCGUACGACGUGGGAGAUGUCAUGAGGGCACGGGUAGAGUCGCACGCUGCUGCGACGGCGAGCAGGUCGUUCAAGACCACCACGUUCCUCCCCUCCGAGGUCAAGUAUACCCUCAGGCUCUACCUCGAGCCUCACAACAGCAGCGGCCCGCUCGUCAUGCGGAACCCGUCGGGCGAGCCGGAGCGACGUAUCAUCAGCUACAUCAAGUACCUCCUCCGCUGCGCAGGGAUUCUCUACCACCACGUCCCUGACAGCCAGCCCGUGGUACUCCAGCUUGUGCUCCCCCUGGGGAUGCCACCUGCACCCGACGCCAACCCUCCCCGUGCCGAGCCAGCUCGCGACUGGGUGGCGAGCCUGUUUGGCCUGGGCAAGAAGACACCUACACCGCCACCGUCACGAUCGUUCUCGGUGCCACCGCCUGCGAGUGCGCGCGGGUCGACGCCAGCGCCAACACCUGGGCCAGCGACGCGCGGGAAGAAGGGCUGGGGUCAGCAGGUAUGGCUGCGGAUCGAUGUCGAGCGCCCACCGUCGUCGACGUCGCGCCCGCCGAGCCGCCCACCCAGUCGCGCACCCAGCCGACCCGGGUCGCGCGCGUCGAGCGCUUCGCGGACCCAUGCCAGCCGAGCGUCCAGCAGGUCACGCAAGGCAUCCGACGGCGAGCUCGUCCCCCUCCCAGAGGGUGAGGUUCCCGCCGAGCUGGACCCCAAUGGCUCCGCCACGCCUGUGCCGCCCCCAGUCCAUGCGGCGGAGGCUGUCCAGCCCGUGGGUCUCGGCAUGGCCGCCGACGAGCUCCUCCCGCAACACCUCAACCACAAACUCCAUCUCCGCAUCAGCACCCCUGCCCCGUCCCCGCUCAGCCGCACAGUGACACCCACAACAACAGACGAGGCGCCCACGUCCCCGCGCUGGAGCGGGAACGGCGGCCUCGCGUCGCCACGGCUCUUGCCUCUGCCCAACGAAAUCUCGCCGCCGACGUCGCCCCGCCCAGGCUUCAAGCGCUCGCAGUCGUCCCACCGCGUGACCCACACCCCGCGCGUGCUGCUCACCCUCACCGAGCCGCGCGGGUACGAGCUGCUCUUUGCGGCGCUCGCGGCGGCCGUCCCGCCGCCGGCCACGCGCACAGGUAGCAUGGACGAGAAGAUGAUGCCCAUGUCUCCCGUCACGCGCGCCUUGGCGAUUCCGUCGUCGGGCUCGAGCGGAAACGGCUCCGCGUCCGCGUCCGAUAACGAGCUCGACCUGCACGACGAGGAAGAGGAACGCGGCCGGCCACGCUCCAAGGAGGCAUAUACGCCCGAGCGGGACGGGAGGUCGGCGACUGUCCGGCCCGGCACGACGGCGACGGCGGCGGACACGACGCCACAGGCAUCCCGUUCGCGCCGGCCUGCAAAGGACAGCAAGACGGCGACGCGCGGGUUCCCCACUACGCCUGGCACGGCGCGGCCAGGCAGCGUCGAGCGCAGGGACAACAGCGCCGCCCCACCCAAGGACAUGGACACGGACACUGAGGCGGACAGGGACGGCGACGCGCUGCGGUCGCGUAAAGUGUCCAUGCCGCCACCUGUGCGGCGGCCGAGCGGCCUGCUCGAGAGCCUGUUCGGCAAGCAGGGCAGCGGCAAGCCCGCCAACGCGGUCGCGGCGGCGCUCGCGGCCGAGCCGCUGCCCAUGCACCGGCGCAGCAGCUCGGUGCCGCCUCUUCCGCCACAGCACCUCGCCAUGUCCGAGACGCACGUCGAGAUCCACCCACACCACCUCCCACCCGCAUGA